CUUUCCAACGCGCGUUAGAAAACGCGGCGUUAGAAACUACCGCUCACACGAGGCGCUUUCAAACGCGGCGUUAACGCGACGCUUGUGUUUGUGCGUGCAUAUGUGUGUGCCAAACAAUGCACUGAAUGCAGAGAGCAACAGACAGUUUCAACCAGGAUGGAUCUAGAAGAGGUAGCAUGUGCUUGGAUCUUGCAUCGCCGUUUGAAGCGGCGCAAGCGGCGAGAAAGAAGAUACUGGGUUCAUCCAAUUUUACAAGACAGACUUACCCAUGGCAUGUAUACAACCUUGUACCCGAGUUUAAGAGAACAUGAAGACAAGUUUUUCAACUAUUUUAGAAUGUCAGUGAAAUCAUUCGAUGAGCUGCUAAUGUCAGGGGAAAGGGGAGAAAGCCAUGUUGCUGCUCAGAUGUAGUAUACAAGUUGAAAUAGUUAAAAAAAUAAAUAAUAAAGUUAUUCUGUUAACUUACCCAUAGCUUGUUUCUCCUUAACCUCUCCUGAACUACAGAAGAUAUCUGCAAUCUCUUCCCAGCAUUUUUUUUUCAAAUUCCUAUCUUUAUAGUACGGGGACUGCAUAUCCCAUAAGGCUGGACGUUUUUCUAUUUCAUUAAUGAGAAGGUCAGUGUCUAUUGCCUCAAGCCUUUGCUCCGCCAUGACUGCCAGUGAUGGGACUGAAGAGCUGUGUGCGUGUCACGUGAUAAAAACAUUCCUCCACGUGGAGUAACCCAGGGGUUGCCAUAGUAACGCACAUUCUCUUUCCUCAUUGGUAGCAGCCCAGCCAAUAAGAGAGCGCGCUGCUUUCAAAACGCGGCGUUUACCGCUGUGUGUAACCGUUCCCAUAUGCUUCAAUGUAUCUCGAGCCGCUCGCCAAACGCGCGUUAGCAAGGGACCCAGACGUUAACGCGGCGUCAGGCAAAACGCCGCGUCACGUGUGACCGGUUCCUAUAGACUACCAUUGACUUUGCUAACGCCGCGUUUGCUAACGCGCGUUGGAAACGCCUCGUAUAAACAGGGCCUUAGGAUGAGGAAGAUCAAGGAAUUAACCAAGGCGACAGAGUCACCAGAGCCAAGUCGUAAUGGACGUCAGAGGGUAUUUUCCUCUCUCAGCAGAUAUGGAUUUCUACUAAAAGUUCCAGUAGACAGUCAAGCUUUGUAAGUACCACAAAGAUUUUGAGGUUAUGUUCAAGGAUGGCAAAUACAGGCCAUAUGUGACUGUUAAAGAUGGACAUGCUGUAUAUUUCUUAACAACUAAAGUGUAGCCGCACCGGCUGGGCAUCAAUUGGCUCUCAGGUGAUCUGUUUUACUGAUCACACCCAUCAUCGUAGGGUCGAGGAAAGGCAGUUCUCUCUCUGACGUUUAUUGAUGAGGUAGGCAUGACCGUAAGAACUGUAAACAAGUUCUCGGUCUCAAUUUCUUACAAAAUAACAUUAUACACUGAUAUUAAACACUUUCAACAUAUUACAAUAUUCAUUAACAAUACAUGCAAUUGACUUAGCACUAUGACAAUCAGUUUUAACUACAAAAUUAAAUUAUUUACCUCGGUCACCAUCCUGCCCGUCUUUGUCUGAGCGCGACUUGGCCGUGAGUGAUGCCCGCAGGCCACUAGCAGGUUAACUGUAUCAUUAAAAUGAUAUGUUAACCAUCUAUUAUUUAUUAUACAAUAUAUUUUUGUUAUCUGUGUUAAAGAAAAUGUAAGUUGUGUUCUGUUGGAAUGGGAGAAGUUUGGUACGCUUCUUUGUGGUGUUUUGUUUCAUCCACUACCUGUGAACAUGGUCGGCCUGGCGGGUUGUCUAAGCCGGCCCACCAAUGUACUGUGGGUUGUUGUGUUGGGUGGUCCUCUGUGCUACAGACGGAGAAUGUAGGGACGCCCUGGACUUCAUGUCGGUUGGUGUGUUGGUUGGUCCUCCGUGCUACAGGUUAGUUGUGUUUAUUUACCCGCCAUGUGCUGUGAUUAGUAUAAUUUGGUGAAGGUUACAAAUAGAGGAUGUAUUAGUAAGAUAGGGUAAUGUACAAGGGAUAUAUUGUUGCCAGACAGAGUUGUGAGGACGCCCUGGACUGGAUGAUAGUUGGGGUGGUGACAUGUCAGGUGUGCUACGGGGAUUCGAAGAGCGUCAGUGUGGGCCACUGAAGUCGAAACACUUCAAGCAAUAAACACCUGUUACGAUUUGUGGUUUAUUACACAUUUGGAAUCCCCAACAUUUCGACUUCAACCACAAUGGGCUGGCAAGAGGAGAUGGAAUUGUUAAAGAAGAAGAGGGCCAUUGCCAAAGGGAAAUUCACAAGAAAGGUGACCCUGCUGGAUGAGGGUGUGCGGGAAGGUGAGCCAGUAUCAGUGUUGAAGAGUAACUAUGAACAGAUUUCUGAGGCCUUUCAACACCUAGAAGACAGUAAUGAUGUGAUAUUAAAAUAUGUGUGUGAUAAUAAAUUAGAAGACAAGUUAGUUAAGGAGGCUGAAGAAUACAUGCUAGAUUGUGAAAGAAUCAUGAAGAAAAGACUAACAGAAAUUAGUAACAUUGAAAACAUACAGAACAGUGUCAAGCCUAAAGUGAAGAUAAAGGCAUUUGAGCCUCCUAAAUUUGAUGGGAAUUUAAGAGAGUACCCUCGUUUUAAGGAGGACUUUAAAAAUCUAGUCAAAAGUGUGUAUGGUGAAGAUGCGUAUGCAUUGAAAAUGUGUCUCAGUGGUGAUGCCCUUCAGACUGUCAGAGGUGCAGAAGGUAAUUAUGAAGAAAUGUUUGAAAGGUUAGAUGACAAGUUUGGAAAUGCAAGAAAGGUGGUGGACUUGGUAAUAAGUGACCUUAGGGCUUUGAAAAGGAUCAAUGAAGGUGAUACCAAAGGAUUUAUAAGGAUGGUGGAUUAGGUGGAACAGUGUUGGCUAGAUUUGAAAAAUAUAAACUUGAAUGAGGAACUUAAUACUGCUAAUGUAGUCAGUCAUAUUGAGAAGGUGUUGCCCACACUUCAGAAGAGGGAGUGGGUAAUAAAGGCAGAAGUAUCUGCUACUAGUGAUCUCUUUCCCACUUUAUUGAAAUUUCUGCAAAGGGAGAGAAAGGUAUUGGAGUAUAUGAAUUCUAGUGUCAGAUCUACUGGUGGUGAUAGAAGUUCAGUACAUCAUAUAAAUAAUUCAGCUGACAAGGUCAUGGAGUCAGAUCUGGUAACACUAAUAAAACAGAUGAAGGAAGAGCAACAACUAAAGAAUAAAGAUUUAGAGUCAUGUAUUGUAAAUUUGACGGAGAUGGUGAAAGGUACCCACUUGAAGACUGGAAAUAAUGAGGGAGGAUGCUGGAUUCACAAUUCCAGGAACCAUGAUACUCUUGAUUGUUAUAAAUUUAAGAAUCUCAGCAACAAGGAGAGGUUUGAGUUAGCUAGAAGCAAUGGAAUAUGUUUUAAAUGCUUAAAGGGAUAUCAUCAGGCAUGGAAUUGUAAUACGAACAAGUUGUGUGAUGUCAGGAUCAGGGGUCAAGGUGUGUGUAACCGUCAUCAUCAUCCACUGGUGCAUUUUGAACAGGAAGAAGGUGCUAGUCAUAAUACAGUAUCUGCAAACACUCUGAACACCUUAUUGAAUAUCAGUACUGUGUACAGUAACACUCAACCUAUAACAGUACUGUGGGAUUCAGGUUCUGACAUAACCUUGGUGACACACAGUAUGGCAGAAAAACUAAGUUUGAAGGGCAAGGAUGUGAAUUUAUCCAUGAUCAAGGUUGGCAAUGUAAUUGAACAUCAUUCUACCAAAGAAUAUUGCAUACCACUGAUUGAUAGGACUGGGCAUGUAUGGGAAAUUAAUGCCAUUGGUAUAGAGGAAAUAUCUGCUAAAAUCAAUGAAUUUGAUGUGUCAGGAGUUAAGGAGUUAUUUGUAGGAGUAUCAAACCAUGAUAUUAAUCGCCCUUGUGGUGAGAUUGACAUGCUGAUUGGGGCCAAUUACAGUGAAUUAUUGCCUAAAGUUGUUCAGACUAAUGAAGGUCUUCAAUUGUUAGAGAAUCCAUUUGGGUUCAGUAUACGUGGCAGACACAGCAAAAUAAGAGCCUCAGGGAGCACGACGAACCAUGUGAUUGUGAGAACUCACAAGGUGUCAAGCUCAAUAAGCCUCAAUGAGAUUAAGGUAGAACCUACAGAUAAACUUAAGUCACAAUUAGAUAAAUUCUUUGCUUUAGAGGAGAGUGGGGUGCAGUGUGACACAAGAUGCCUUAAAUGCCUGUGUAAGGGUUGCCCUGUAAGUGACUGUGUCAAUAUUAAGGAAGAAAGAGAACUGAAAUUGAUUGAGGAGGGAUUAGUAUAUCAUGAAGAAGGGAAGUAUUGGACAGCAAGCUAUCCUUGGAUAAGGGACCCGAGACAUCUUAAGAACAAUGUAAAAGUGGCUGUGGCUAGAUUAAAAACUACAGAAAAUAGACUGAAAAAUUUGGAUAUCCAGUAUGCCCAGAGUUAUCACAAUGAAAUCAAGGACAUGGUGAAAAGGGGGGUAGCGAGACAAUUAAGUGAAGAGGAAAUGCAGUCAUACAAUGGCCCAAUUCACUACAUUUCCCAUCAUGAAGUAUUGAAACCAGAUUCUGCUUCAACACCUCUGCGUAUUGUAUUUAACUCAUCUUCAUCAUACAUGGGACAAAAACUUAAUGAUUUUUGGGCAAAAGGGCCAGUUGUUCUUAACAACAUGAUUGGAGUCUUGCUAAGAUUUAGACAGGAAAGGGUUGCCAUAACUGGUGAUAUAUAAAAAAUGUAUCAUUCUGUGAAAAUCAACACACUGGACCAACACACACACCGAUUUCUUUGGAGAGAUUUAAACAGUAACAGACCACCUGAUCACUAUGCCCUGACCUCAGUGACUUUCGGGGAUAGGCCGAGUGGGACCAUAGCUGUGCUAGCAUUAAGGCAUACUACAGAAAAAUUUGGUAAAGGAGAUCCUGAAGUUUAUAACAUGAUUGCAAACAACACAUAUGUUGAUGAUAUUCUCUAUUCCAUUGAUACGGUAGAAAAGGCUUUUGAUUUGAUACAAAGAGCAGAACAUGUAAUAUCUCUUGAAAACUUUCAUGUGAAGCAUUGGAUAGUAAGUGGGCAACAUGAGAACCAUAGUAUCAACAUCAUGGAAUCUGACAAUGAGAAAAUUCUAGGGCUCAAGUGGAAUCCCAAGGAUGAUAAUUUCUCUUUUAAUGUAAAGGUAAAUUUCUCUCCUAAAGUUAAAAAGAUCCGGAGUGGUCCAAACUGGGAUCAUAGAGAGAUUGAGUCAAACUUCCCUGAGGUGCUCACUCGCAGAAUGAUACUAAGUCAAGUGGCAUCCUUCUAUGAUCCAUUGGGGUUAGCCGUACCAGUUGUGUUGAGAGCAAAAAUUUUGAUGAGAUCUAUGAUCUCAAAAUGUGAUCCAAAUAAGAGAGUGGAAUGGGAUGAACCAUUAGAUGCUGAUAUUGUAAAUGAAUGGAAAUGUUUUUUCACUGAUUUGUAUGGAGUAGAAAACUGCACAUUUAAGAGACCUCUGAAACCAGCCAAUGCAUCGGGUAAACCCAUACUUGUGAUCUUCUCUGAUGGCAGCACACAAGCGUAUGGAGCAUGUGCGUAUGUUAGAUGACAGACUGAUGACAACAAAUUUCAGACUAAUUUGAUCAUGGCUAAAAACAAAAUAGCACCUAUGAGACAAUUGACCAUUCCUCGUCUAGAACUUUGUGGAGCUCUUUUGUCAGCUAGAUUAAGAGAAACUAUAGUGAGAGAAUGCAACUGGGAAUUUGAAUCCAUAUUCCAUAUUGUAGAUUCAUCUAUUGUCAGAGAUCAGAUUCAAAAGGAAUCGCAUGGGUUCCGGCCUUUUGUGGCUGUCCGCAUAGCAGAAAUACAACUGAAAACAAAUCUAAAGGAUUGGUGGUGGGUGGACACAGUUCAGAAUGUGGCAGAUUUAACUUCUAGACCAUGCACUUCAGAUAAGAUUAAGGAGGAUUCAACUUGGCAACAUGGGCCUGAAUUUUUGAGAUUGCCAAUUUCAGAAUGGCCAGUUAAACAGCAAUGUGCAGAUCACUUACCGGAUAGAAUAGACAUUACUAUGACAGUUGCUAAAGGACACCUGAGAAAUUUAAGCAUGAUUAAUGUGAAAGGAUUUAGCAAAUAUGAAACUUUGUUGAGAGUUACAUGUAGGAUAAUGUCUAUAUUCAAGCAUAAAUCCUUAAAAGCUGUGCUGAAGGAGCCUACGUCUGAGGAAAUGGAAGAAGCAGAAGUACUGUGGGUAAAAACCAUGCAAAGUAACAUGACUAACUGGCAAGAUAGAUACAGAAGGUUAGGCCCCAUAAAGACAGACAAAGUCAUGAGUAGGUCAGUGCAUAGGUUAAUAGUGUUAUUACCUAAGGAAGAACAAGAGUGAUGAUGAGCGUGUAGGAUCAUUAUAGAUAUGAUUUAUCUACAUGUACCAAAGCAUUCUAUGUACUACCUGUGUAUAUUGUAUGUUCACUUUGGUCGGGGUGGAGUGUAUCAUUAAAAUGAUAUGUUAACCAUCUAUUAUUUAUUAUACAAUAUAUUUUUGUUAUCUGUGUUAAAGAAAAUGUAAGUUGUGUUCUGUUGGGAUGGGAGAAGUUUGGUACGCUUCUUUGUGGUGUUUUGUUUCUCCCACUACCUGUGAACAUGGUCGGCCUGGCGGGUUGUCUAAGCCGGCCCACCAAUGUACUGUGGGUUGUUGUGUUGGGUGGUCCUCUGUGCUACAGGUUAGUUGUGUUUAUUUAUAUACCUUGUGCUGUGAAUUAGUAUACUGUGGUGAAGGUUACAAGCAAAGGAUGUGUUUAGUAGCUAAGGUAAUACAAGUGAUAUUAUUGUUUGCCAGACGGAGAAUGUAGGGACGCCCUGGACUUCAUGUCGGUUGGUGUGUUGGUUGGUCCUCCGUGCUACAGGUUAGUUGUGUUUAUUUACCCGCCAUGUGCUGUGAUUAGUAUAAUUUGGUGAAGGUUACAAAUAGAGGAUGUAUUAGUAAGAUAGGGUAAUGUACAAGGGAUAUAUUGUUGCCAGACAGAGUUGUGAGGACGCCCUGGACUGGAUGAUAGUUGGGGUGGUGACAUGUCAGGUGUGCUACGGGGAUUCGAAGAGCGUCAGUGUGGGCCACUGAAGUGAGUACAUUAUGGGAAUUUAUUGAGUAUUAUGAGUGAUAUACAAGUGAAGUUUAGUUGGAUUUUGUAUACUGAUUGUUGCUUUAUUUUUAUAUUUGGGAUAUGAUUGUAACGGAUGUCAGAAUCUCUACAUGAAGUGUUAUUUUUGUGGUACCAUUGUGAGGGAUUGAACUGGGUGUACUAUGAUAUGUGGAUGUGUAUUGAUUAGCCCAUGUUUGCAGGUCGAAACACUUCAAGCAAUAAACACCUGUUACGA